UGGUGUGAAGCAAAGGCUUUUUAACGGAGAGAGGACUGGUGCCCAUUCCUAGUGGCAGCUUCUGCCACUGGAAGCCUGGUUGGCCAGAAUGUGAUGCUGUGAUGGGGACUGUGUCUGGAUCCCAGCUGUCACAACCUGGCUUCCAGAUCUGAAUUCUAGAGCAGAGGGAGGGAAGGCAGAACACCCCACCAGCACACUCAUGUUUGGAGUCUGGCCCAGAGCAAAGAGCCUGAGUUGCUGUUGGCCAAACGUUGGUCUGUGCUUGUCAGACUGGGCUGAAGACUUCCUCCCUGGGCUAUCCUUCACCUCUUAUGCCAUGGUUUUGGGAAGCACUGUGCUCAGCGGGCUGAACUGCUUCCUGGGUGUGCGACUAGGGUGCCAGCCAGGUCAGGAAUGUCCAGGACUGGAAGAAACGCAGGGGCAGAACAACAGCACAGGCCGAUGAGGAGGCUGCCCCACUGGGAGCUCUGCUGAAGGCUGCAGCCUGUCUGCUGAGAGUCAACCACUGUGCUGAUUCACCAUCUUGUGGUUGAGAACCCAUCAGCAAAUUGGCAGCUCUGCUGAACCCUGGAGCUGCAAAAUAUAGGCCAGGGAACCUCAGCCGGAAGGGAUUUCAGUUAGUGACAGGUUUUCUAUUCUUAUAUGGAACUACAAGGGGCCCAAGAGGACCUGGGCAUUUCCCUCUCUAGUCCCCGGAAGAACCAUGAAACCAGGCCAGGAAGCAAGGCUAAGAGCAGGAGCAGUGUCUGUCUCCAGGGGUUUGUUUGGACUGCUGGAGGAAAGCUGAGGCUCAGAGCAAGUGAACAUCUCACCCAGGGUCACUAACAAGAGCUCAGGGAUUGGAACCCAGGAGAAGAUGCUUCCCUUCUCUUCUCCAAGAGUCCUUUUAGGGCUGGCAAGUUGAUGCAAGCUGCAGCUCAUGCCUUCAGACCAUGCUGGGUCCAAGGAAAUGCAUGGAUCUCCUCCAUUACAAAGUUUGACUCCAAGAGAAGCCCAGAUGUGGCUUCCAGCCCGUCCUACCUGACUGUGCCCCGCCCUUCACCACUUCCUGUCUUCCUGAGACCCAGUGGUAGAGGUGUCUGUGGGGGCUGCUACCUGGGAAAGUCCGCCAGGGGGAGUGCAUGGCAAUCUCUCCUCUCAGAUCCUCUGGGGGUUCCUUUCCCCACCCAAACUAGGCCUGGAGGUUGAUGUCGGUGUGGUGUGGAAGAUGUUGGGGAGAAGCUGCAGGUGCCUUCUUACUAGCUCUUCCUUAAAAUUUGUCUCUCCCUCUCCUUGUUAGUCUGUUUUAUAACUCACACUCCAGCAGGGGGGAAGUAAAGGAGCUUAUCCCGUUCACGGAUCCUAUAACCGGUGGUGUUUAUUACCUUGUAGCUGGUGCAGUGUCCUUUGAGCCUGGCAGUUUGGUUUAGAUUCAAGUGUCUAUUCUUUACAGUCUUUCUGGGGUUGGUAGCAGAGAAAGAGAAAACAGGUAAUUCGAUUACUUAAGUUCUUCGUGUGCAAAAGUUAAAGCCCUACCACAAACGUGUG